AUGGCCUGUGGCCCAAGUGGGAUCAGAAAGAUGGAUGCAAAAUGCAAGGUAGUCAAUAAAUUUCUUCAAACAGAAAAGCAAGUUAACAGAGGACCAGAACAAAGCUGGACUCAAGGUUUUGCAUGUGACUUAUAUCUGAAAGAGUGUGAACAGAAGAAGCAUCGUGCUCUUGAGAAGUACAGGAGGGAACAAAAAAACAAUGCAGCAAAGAGGCAAGAGAUAGUUCAGCUGAAAAAGAAGAUUCAAAAACUCAAAUUUAGGCAAGAAGAACUACAGAAAAAGAUUGGGAAGUACAAAAGGUUUGAAGAGUUCUUGCAAAAAAUAUUUGAUGCAUUGCCCUCCACUGAAUAUGGCUAUCUGGCAUAUGGAGAAGACUCUCUGAUUAAAACCCUUAUAAAAAGGCACAGGACUCUGGUGACGGAAAAGGAACGUUUGCUAAGGAAAUUGUCUGUUCAGCAAUAUAGCCUUCAGGAAACCCUACAUGAAUUUCGGGUCUUACAAGAAGAAUACAACACUGCCCAAUACAUGGUGAUGGCUAAAGUUUCUGAACUUCAGUCAAAGUACAAUGAAUUGCAAACAAAAAACACAGACUUGAUGCAGUUUAUUAACACUAAAGAAGAUCUCCUCACCAAGCGGUGCCAAGAACUAAGCCGUAUGCUGUUGGCAGUCUCCGGUUUGGCAGAGCAGUGCUAUAUGAGGCAUUAUGGUGCUUUGCAGGAAAUGACACUGUGGUCCAAGCUGAGCAUGAUCCAGGAGUUCAUUCUGGAAAAAAUGCAGAUCAAAGAGGAAACAAUGUCAUUAAUCAAGGCUGGAAAGUCAUCCAUUACUCUUCUUAAAGAACAACUUCCAAAGCAAAAAUAUAGUGGUAGAGUAUUGCUACAUGCAGACAGGUCUCCGGAAGAAGAGAUGGUAUAAGAGCCACCUGGGAAAGUAGCAAACAUUUCUGAGAGACAACACUGUGGACAAGUGGAAUGUUAUUACUCCAAUGUUUGUAGAACAGCACAGAUGGAAGUGAAUACAUUGCCAAAAAAGCUUUUAGGGGCAGAGAAGAAAAACCUUUCAUGCUGGAUUUUUGCAAAUAUGUUUGGGUUUUGCUGUUUUCAUGCUAUUUUCAUGCUCUUUCCCUUGUUUUCUGUGUCUGGGAAACACUACAAUACAA